AUUCUUUGAGAACCUUCCAAAUGUCAUUGCAGGCCUUUAGAAAUCAAUCAACUAACUCUCCAAACGAACUCAGCCACCAGAUGGUUGCAGCAGCGACAAUUAUCGAUUAUAUUACACAGUUUUAAACUAUUUAUUCAUCAAAGCUUCACAAAAUCAACAACGUGCCGUGGAAGCUGAACAAAGAGAGACGUCUAUUUACCUAACCCAAUCUAAUUUCUACAAAAGAACAAAUGGCCACCCAGAGCUUAGAAUCAUACCACUUAUCCUUUUCUCAACCCAUUUUUCCAUCAGAAGUAUGAAGAAAACAAUGAAUUCCCUUUACAAACCCAUAUAUUUGAUCACAAUCUUCGAGCUUAUUAGCUUCAUCGCUUGUCAGUCACCAACAUAUAAUUAUCAUUUUUGUUUAGGUCCAGGUAAUGAUACCGCCACCGCAAGCUAUAAAUCUGACCUUACACUGCUCUUGGAUUAUAUGUCCUCAAACGCUUCCGACAAGAGCUUCUACAACAACAGCUUGAACGGGAUUUACAGUCUCUUCCUUUGCCGAGGUGAUGUUUCUAGUGAUGUGUGUCGGGUUUGUGUCAGCAAUGCCUCUCAAACACUCACGCAAACGUGCCCUUCUGAUAAAAGGGCAAUUAUUUGGUACGAUCAAUGCUUGUUUCGAUACUCGAACAUCAACUUUCUUGGCCAGCUGGAGCUUUAUCCAAGGCUGUUCAUGUGGAAUGCUCUGAACAACACUUCACCUGAAGAGGGCGAUAUCGGUACCCGAGGUUUGUUAUAUUCCUUAGUUUCUCAGGCUCCGUAUAAGAACAUGUUUCAAACAAAUGAAAUGGUGGUCGGAAACGGACCGGGGUGUAGGUAUGGACUCGUUCAGUGCAGCAUAGAUCUUGAUGUCGACGGCUGUUCUACUUGUUUGAGAGAAUUGUUGAAUCAGACAGAGGAUUGCUGCAUAGGGAGAAGUGGGUGGCGAAUUUUAACUCCAAGUUGCUGUAUAAGGUAUGAAAUGUAUCGUUUCUAUGAGCAAACAUCAAACCUACCAGGAUCAGCACCGGAGAAUGAAGGAGGAGUAGGUAAGGGAGGGAAAAGCACAAGGAAGAACACCAUUAUCAUUGCAUCAUCAUUGGCAGGCUUUUUGGCAUCAGUUCUGGUGGCGGGUUUCUCGUAUUAUUCGUCCUUAGUCAGGAAGAGAAAUCAAAAAGUAGAAGGAACAAGCCAUGAAAUAUUAAAAAGAAGUUCUCAAGGCUCAAAGCCUGCACAUUUGACGGAGGAAAGUAUUCAUCUACAUCUAUCAGAUGAGGAUCACAGCGGGGACUUGCAUCACUUCAAUUUAGCUACCAUACAGACUGCAACAAACAACUUCUCCAGGGAAAAUAAGCUUGGAGAAGGUGGUUUUGGACCUGUUUACAAGGGGAAAAUGCCCACUGGGAAGGAAAUAGCAGUUAAAAGGCUUUCGAUCAACUCGAAACAAGGUCUUGAAGAAUUCAAGAAUGAAGUGAAGCUAAUUUUCAAGCUUCAACACAAGAAUCUUGUAAGGCUAUUGGGAUAUUGCUUGGAGGAAGAUGAAAAGCUUCUUGUCUAUGAGUACAUGGCUAACACCAGCUUGGAUGCUUUUCUGUUUGAUUCUGAAAAAUGUAAAGUACUGGACUGGGAAAAACGCUCAAACAUCAUCACUGGAACAGCAAGAGGUCUUCAAUAUCUACAUGAAGAUUCUCGGCUUACAAUAAUUCAUAGAGAUUUGAAGGCUAACAAUGUGUUGUUAGAUGAUGAUAUGAACCCUAAGAUAUCGGACUUUGGCACAGCAAGAACAUUUGGAGGCAACCAAAUGGAAGCCAAUACUGAGAGAGUUGUUGGCACAUAUGGAUACAUGGCACCAGAAUAUGCGCUAGAAGGAUUGUUUUCGAACAAGUCGGAUGUUUAUAGUUUUGGAGUCCUAAUGCUAGAAAUAUUAAGUGGUAAAAGGAACAGGGGGUUCUACCAUCAGGACUGCGGCCAAAGCCUUCUAACAUAUGCAGGGCUGCUGUGGAAUGAAGGCAAAGGACAGGAGUUGAUAGAUCCAAACAUUGCCGGCAAUUGCGCGAUUCAAGAGGUUCUGAGAUGGAUACACAUUGCAUUGUUGUGCGUUCAGGAUGACCCUGCACUUAGGCCUACAAUGUCAUCAGCUAUUCUCAUGCUUGGGAGCAAAUCAGUUAACCUCCCCCAGCCUUCAACAUCUCCAUAUUCAGCAGCAAGAUUUUUGCAUAUGAUCAAUCUUCAUCCACUGAAUCUUCCUACCUCAGAGAUUUAAGAAUUUAAAGGGAUAGACUCCAUUGUGGUGGACCUUAUAGGUUCCAAUUAUAAUUGUUCUUUGGGAGAAUGGUGCUUUAUGUGCUUGCAAAUAUAGAUGAAAUGGAUUCUGAAGUUGAUGUUGCAUCAUCUAAA